GUUCCCGGAUACGAAGCAAACAUCCUGCAGGACAGAAGAACAGGUUCAUGUCCAGGUCCAGACUUUGCUUCCUUGUUUGGCCGCUAGGUGCCGCUGGAGGAGCGGCGGCCAGCUGUGCAGCUCCAGCGGGGGGAGGACCGCAGUUAGACCGAAACUCCGAGGCACCAGAGAGCCGAGCAGCUCCGAGGAGUCCAGACGUUUCUGCCCGCUUCUUCGUUGGUUUUAUUUCCAGCUUUCAGCGCGCGCUUGAAAGCAGCAGCCGUCCUCGCGCUCCUCGUGAUGAGGCCGGAGGAGCGUCUGAAGUGACCGCCAGGUGUUCGCGCCUCACCGGUGGAGGACUUCCGGCCCGGACCGGUGGACCAGAACCGGACUUAGCACGAAGCUGGCCGUCCAAAAUGGAGGCGGAAAACCCGGAUGGGGCGGGAAGCAGAACCAACAGCUUCCAGAGGAAGAAACCGCCGUGGCUGAAGCUGGACAUCCCGACCAUCCAGCUGACGCCGGACGAGCCGCCGCAGGCCGCCGCGCCGCAUGUUGGGCCACAUGUUGCUGCAGUCAGACGCAGCAACGAGGCGCAAGACAAAACUGAAUUCCAGCCAGUGAAGCGAGUGCGGAGUGUGAGCAUGCCCGGGGAAAAUCCACACACACACUCUGCUGCCAUGGAAACGUCCAACGUCUACCUCAAACCUCCAGUGGAGAAAAUGGCCGUCAUGCAGUCCAUCAAGAGUGAGAAGCGGGUUCACUUCGACCGCCUGAACACCGUCCCUCCAAAGGGCCAGCGCCGCGCCAGGACGGCGUCGACCGGCCGCCGGCGCUCCUGCGUUCCUAAAAUUCUGGCCCGGCGCCGCUCGUCUAUCCCCAAACAGAUCAUCAGGGGGACGGCUGAUUGGUUCGGCGUGAGUAAGGACGGCGACGGCGGCCAGCGCUGGAGGAGGCGGAGCCUGCAGCACUGCAGCCAGCUGUUCGGGGGCCUGAAGGCCCAGGUGACGCUGCUCAGCCUGGACAGCCUGUCCCUGUCCAGCACCGACCCCCACCCUGACCCCACCCCCAAACCCCGCCCGCCCCCACGCCGCCACCGCUACGGGAUGCAGCGGGUCGUGGACCCCCUGGCUCGCGGUCGGGCCUUCCGGAUGGGGGAUGACCUGGACGGACCUGGCGCCCCUCAGACGCCGCUCACCCCAGGCUCCGCCUCCCUCUGCUCCUUCUCCAGCUCACGCUCCGCCCUCAACAGGUUGCCACGGCGACGCAAGCGGGAGUCCGUGGCCGUCAUGAGCAUCAAGGCUGCCGCGGCGCUGAUGAAGGGUCGGACGGCGGCUGAGGGCGGCGCUGGGAGGCGAAGGCGGAGCUUCAUGCCUCCCAGUUUCUAUGACGACGACACGACGGAUUUCCCGGACGAGUUGGACACUUCGUUCUUCAGCAGAGAAGAGACGUCCAGCUACGCCGACGACGUGUUUGAGACGCCGUCAGAGACCGACCUGCAGCCCGGCGCCGAGAGAGGAAACGCUCUGACAGGAAGUGCUCUGGACCGGACCAAGCUGGAGCGGACUCACCUGAUGUUGCCGCUGGAGCGAGGCUGGCGGAAAGCCAAGGACGGCGCGCCGCCGCAGCGGGAGGCGGCGAGCAGGCCGCAGCGGCGCGGGCGCAGGAUCUCGGCGCCGGUCCAGAAGCUGUUCGCCCGGGACAAGAGGCCGUAUGGACUGGGCAUGGUGGGCCGGCUCACCAACCGGACCUACCGCCAGCGCCUGGACAGCUUCGUCCAGAAACAGAUCCAAGACAUGGACGACCACAGGCCUUUCUUCAGCUACUGGAUCACCUUCGUCCACCUGCUGGUCACCGUCCUGUCCGUCUCCAUCUACGGCAUCGCGCCGAUCGGGUUCACGCAACACGAGACCGUCGACUCUGUGCUGAGAAAUAAGGGAGUUUAUGAAAACGUGAAGUUUGUGCAGCAGCAGAACUUCUGGGUCGGUCCGAGCUCGGAGGCGCUGAUCCACCUGGGGGCAAAGUUUUCUCCUUGCAUGCGUCAAGAUGAAGAGAUCCAGCAGCUGAUUGAGGAGACGAAGGCGAGAGAACGACAAUCCGGCUGCUGCGUUCGGAACGACCGCUCCGGCUGCCUGCAGACGCUGCAGGAGGAAUGUUCGAGCACCCUGGCAGUUUGGGUGAAGUGGCCUCAACACGCCAGCGCUCCAUAUUUAGAGGGGAAACCACGGCAACACGGCUCAGUCUGCCACCAGGACCCCAGAAUCUGCCAAGAACCCGCUUCAGUUUCACCGCAUGAGUGGAGCGACGACAUCACACAGUGGCCGAUCUGCACUAAGCUGGACUCUGGGAACCACACCAACCUGCCUCACAUCGACUGCAGCAUCACGGGUCGGCCCUGCUGCAUCGGCACCAAGGGACGAUGUGAAAUCACGUCCAGAGAAUACUGCGACUUCAUGCACGGAUACUUCCAUGAGGAAGCUACGCUCUGCUCACAGGUGGCCUGUAUGGACGAUGUCUGCGGCCUGCUGCCGUUCCUCAACCCACAGAUCCCAGAUCAGUUCUCCCGCCUCUGGCUGUCUCUCUUCCUGCAUGCCGGCGUCCUGCACUGCCUGGUCUCGGUGUUUUUCCAGAUGUCGGUUCUCAGGGAUUUGGAGAAGUUGGCCGGCUGGCUCCGGAUCUCCAUCAUCUACCUGCUGAGCGGCGUCACAGGAAACCUGGCGUCCGCCAUCUUCCUGCCCUACAGAGCCGAGGUGGGUCCCGCCGGCAGCCAGUUCGGCAUCCUGGCCUGCCUCUUCGUGGAGCUUUUCCAGAGCUGGCAGAUCCUGGAGCGGCCGUGGCGAGCGUUCACCAAGCUCGCCGCCAUCUCCGUCUUCUUCUUCUCCUUCGGUCUGCUGCCGUGGAUCGACAACUUCGCCCAUGUCUGCGGCUUCCUGUCGGGCUUCUUCCUGUCCUUCGCCUUCCUGCCGUACAUCAGCUUCGGCCGCUCCGACUCGUACAGGAAGCGGCUCCAGAUCUGCGGCUUCCUGCUGGUCUUCCUGGGUCUGUUUGCCGCGCUGGCCGUCCUCUUCUACAUUUACCCGCUCAAAUGCGACUGGUGCGAGUUCCUCACCUGCGUCCCGGUCACAGACAAGUUCUGUGAGAAGUACGACCUGAAUGCACACCUGCUCUGAGCGUCAGAACCGGGUUUGGGUGUCAGAACCGGCUCUGGGCGUCAGAACCGGCUCUGGGCGUCAGAACCGGGUCUGAUAACUGCUUCCUGGUGGCGCCGCAGGAACCUUCUGGAACAAAUGCAUCACUUCUGGAUCAGGAAGGACCAGAGGUUGGCGGAUCAGAACCGCUGCAGGGAGAAAGAAAAUUUGCGCCAAAAACACUUUAAAAAUUUGAGAUCAAUCUCAGAAAUUUUUGGGAGGAAAAUGUGAAAUUUCUGAGAAUUUUCCCUGUUUUUUCUGGAACAUUUCUGUGAUUAAUCUCAAAGUUUCAGUUUUUUUCUAGCAAAUUUUCAACAUUGCAAAAUCGGAAAUUUCCAACUUUCUAAUCUGAAAAUGUGAGUGUUUUGUUGACACUUUGAAUUUUCAAACUCAAAUUUCCACGUUUUCUAGAAAAACGUGGGUUCACACCUGAACACAAGGAGCAAAGUUAACCUGUUUUUACUGUAAAGCUGACGUCACAGCGCCCCCCAGCGGCCAGACGGAACAUGACACGCGGUCGGAGUUGACCCGUUCUGAUGAAACGUGCCUUGGCUUCAUCCUCCACAGACUCACUUCCUGCCUGGAAAUCCUCUGAGUGGCUGAGUUAUGAUUCAGUUACAGCCUUUGAUACACUUUGUUUAUGUCUGGAACUUUGUUUAUGAAUGAAACGUUUUUAUAUCCGGUGGUAAAACUUCAUCCUGUGAAUGAAGCACUUAAAGCUGAAUUACUGUCAAAUCAGGGGUUUUUUUCCGUGUUUUAUUAAAUAUUGUAGCGUUUUAGCUACUUUUUUUUUUUUCUCCGAAGAGUUUUCGCGGCGCUAGCGGCUCGUAUUUUUUGUACAGUAGGCAGACAGGAAGGAGGGGGAGGAAGACAUGCGGUAAAGGUCGUCGGGACCGGGAGUCGAACCCGCGAUGUCCGCGUCGAGGACUAGGGCCUCCAAACGUGGGGCGUGCUAACCCGCUGCACCACCACAGCACGCCCCGCGUUUUAGCUACUUUUCAGCUGAGCUGGACUCGUCCUUUUCGUUUCUCACUAACAGCUGAACAUUUUGGUUCAACCAACAAACUAAAUGCAGGAUCACUGAUACUGAUACCGAUACACCAAUACAGUUUGUUAAGUUUGAUACACAUCAAACUUCUGACCAUCAGGUGUUUUUCUGGGUUUUUUAAAUUAUUUUUCUAUAGGAAAUAAUUUAAUACAUUAACAUGAUAAACUGAAACAAUAGAGAAACAAACUUGUGUGCAUUUUCUUUUAGUAAAACGUGCAAAAAAUAUUUGAGAACAAAUCAGAACUGAUUUGAUCCAAAAUACUGGAACUAUUAAUCGAUACUGGUGAGGUAAGAUCAAUGCUUCAGUUUUAGAUUUUUUGAUUUAUUGCUGUUUCUCAAUUCUAUCUGAUAUUGUCCAAAUUCUGCCUGAAGUUUGAACAAAAAUUAUUUAAAGAAAAAAAAAUCAUCUGAAGGUCAGAAGCCUGAUGAUUUUUUAGCUUUAUUAUAUUUAUUACCAAAGUAUUGAUAUCAACACUGGCCCUUUGUAUCGGAUCAAUACUAAAUAUUUAGCAUCACUAUUAAUAUUCAUGUCUCCAGUCCAACUUCAUCAGACAAACUAAAGGUUUUUCUCUGUCUGCAGAGUUAAAUUAAGCAAUAAUGACAUUGUUCCUUUUUUCAUUUCCUUAAACUUUCCAGAUUUUAUUAUUCUUUCAUGUAAAACAAAAUAAAUGUUUAUUCCUUCGAUGACCGCUAGAUGGCGCCAGUGGAGUAUUUCUGGGUAAAAACCUGCAACCUUUGGAUGAAGGUUCUGUUGAUUAAAUCAGGUUUUCUAAAGUCA